AUGGCAGCAGCGCCGCUCCGUGAGCAGCCCGUGGCACAAGAUGCGCGGCGUGUGCGUGGGACACUGCAUCUACUCGCACAUGAUGGAUCAGAAAAGGGCAGGUUCGUCAUGUCAAAGAUCACAACAUCCCUAGGUCGCGCCCUUUCCAACGACGUACGUCUCUUGCUCGAAGAUGUUAGUCGACUGCACUGCAGUAUUGUAUUCGACAAAGAAAAUCAUGCAACUCUUCAUAUUUACGGCGCAAAUGGUGUAUGGCAUAAUCAUUCGCUUCUCAAACCACAGGAUCGGAACACGUGUGUGUCGCUGGCUGACGGUGACCAGUUAAAAAUUUCAAAGCAUCUCCUUCGCUUUGCGUAUGGGACACCCUAUGAAGAAAAAGAAGAAGGUAUGGUAUCGCAAGCAGAGGAUAUUCAAGAUACGACGUGUGUGCCUGGAGAAGACAACGUACCAAGCCCGUCAUCCUCCUAUCUUGAGAAUGAUGUGACUCCCACACCUACGCAAGACGAAGCAGAACAGGAUCCAGAACUACCUGCCUGUACGGCUCCCCUGGGAGAACAACUCGGUAAUCUGUCAGUCUCGCAGACAAGCGCUACCACGGACUCCCACGAAGGCCAUGGUACGGCGCAGACAAAUUUGAUACCGGAAAAGACCUACAAUGAGCCUGCACCGUCAGCUACGUCCACACCGAGGCGAGCACGACGUGCCUCUCAUCUAACAACGACCAUUCCCCGUCGUCAGAGUGCGCGUCUGAAAGCUCGUGCUAGUUUGCCAUCGAUGCGUAGUGCAUGGACGCCGGAGCAUGCCAAGAGGCCUGUCUUGGUAUCCCAACAUGUGGACAUACCUGAAAAGGAUACGACAUCGAUAUCUACUGUGGACGGUACGCAAAAUUUAUCUGCUUCCCUGCCUCAAGAAGAGAGUAUGACAAGCUCCUCGAUUGCGGUGCAAGAGUCAGACAAAGCUCGCGAUCCUACGUUGGAAGAUAUGGAUCAGAAGAAUAUGGACUUGAAUAGCUCGUCGUACCUAGCGUAUGACGAAUCAGAUGCCCCAUCCAGCGAUGACGAAGAAGAAGCGGAAGUGGAGAAAAGCCUCGAACUUAGCACAGAGGUUGGUACUACGCCGUCGCCUAAGCCAAAGCCUCUCGGCCCACACUUCCUGACACCCCAAGCGGACAAGCCAACAAAGGUCGAAACUCGUCGUCUCUCGGACAUCCAAGCCACAAAGGAAAAUGACAAGAGGACGCCAAUGCCGUGUCAUCGAUCAUCAUGGCAAUGGCUUAGAAAUAUGCUGUCGCCUAGCUCUUUAUCCGCCGAAUCGGAGGCAGAAUCUAAGGCAGAGGACAUGGAGGCGAGGGAAUAUCCUUCUAUGAUGGACACAAGUGAUGUGGUGCCAGAGGGGGAAAAUACAAGGGACGACGAAGAAACGGACAAGACACCGAAAGUUGCGGAGCCGGAAGAGGUGGCAGAAGAAGUGGCGGAAGAGCCCGUCUCCAACACCAGUAUCGAAGCAGGCAGAUCCACUCUGGCCGUCGAGUGUCUCCAAGAGAAAAAGCCAGAGCCACCCACUCCCGAUAUGCGUGUAUUGAAGCACAUGUUCUCCGAGCCACGACCAGUGGCUGGUGUCGAUACAGCUCUUUCUGACUUCCGCCACUUGAUCUAA